AUGAAAAGGGCUUUCUGUAUUCCUUUGUUGCUCCUUGUAACAUUAUUUUAUGCUACUUCUGUUGUAGCAAGAAAUGAUCCCUCAGGGAAUGAAGUGAACACAGAAGGGAAGCUUGCAAAUGAAGGGGUGACAAAGCCAAGCCUACAAGGAUCCAAUGAAGAUGAAAAAUUCAUUGGAUAUUUUUAUCUAAAACACAAAUUCAAAGGAUAUUUUCACAAGAAACCAAUUUAUUAUAAGCCCAUUCCAACCUAUAAGCCUUUCCACAAACCAACCAUAGUGGAUAAACCUACCCCUUCUGUUGUUGAGCCAGAAUCAUUUCACAAGCAUAAGCAUUAUUUCUUCAAAAAGCCAAUUAUUCCCAUUGUUAAACCUGUUUAUGUUCCCAUUUACAAGCCUGUUCCAAAGGUCAUUCCAAUUUACAAACCUAUUCCAAAGGUGAUUCCAAUUGUUAAGCCAAUUCAUUAA